AUGGGGACCACGAGUGGAAUGCCAGUCACCCAGCUAAUUCCGGCCUUGAAAUCUGUUUGGCCAGGGAUGAUGCCAACUCCAGUACCAUUACGCAGUCCAUGUUCGUGUUCCAGAUCUCAAAGUCUCAGGUCUUUUCGGAGUCACAGGUCUCAAGUCAAAGUCCCACCUCGUGUUGAUGCUGGCAGCGCAGCUUUCCUUCCAACUUGA